CAAUUCGGUCUAUAUAUUGCAUUGAUAUCAGCGUGGCAGCACUGUCGCGUCCGUAUGAACCCAGUACAAGACAACAACAGCAGCUAUAGCCGAAACACACAUUCAAUGAUUUUGUGCUUUGACUCACUUCGCAUCAUCGUCAACAUUGAGGCGCUCAAGUUGUUCAAUUCAUUUGUGAAAGUUUCAUUCGAUUCUCCAUUUUCUUUCUUUCGCUCGUUGUUGUUUGUCGUCGUCGCUGUCGCCUCUACUAUUUUACGUACUACAUAUAACAUAUAAAUCGUUCUGGUUUUUUUUUCUCUCUCGGCUCGGUGUUUAGUUUGGGUUUUUGCCGCACUGUGCGUUGCUGCUCACGAUUAAAUCUGUCGCUCAAAAAUCGUCAUUCAUAAACAACAAAAAAAAUCAUUCACGAUGGUCGAGGUAAAAUCAGUAAAGGUGGACAAUUGGGGUGUAUUUUUCCUGCAAAAGUUGCAAAAUUUCUUCAACAAGACGGAUUACUGUGACCUAACGCUACAAUUCAAGGAUAAUUCGCAGUUAAAAGUGCAUCGAUUGGUGUUGAGUGCAUGUACUGAUUUCUUCAAUGUCCUCGAAACGCAGUACAAUGUACAAGAUGACAUUUUGAUAAUGCCAAAGGAUUUGCAAGCCGAUGUUGUUGUGCCCAUUGUCAACUUCAUGUAUACGGGCACAUUGGAGUUCGAGGUGAAUAUGUAUCCUCGUCUAUUAAAAACGGCCAAAGACAUGAAUAUGACCGUUUUAUUGAAGCUAUUAGACGCACACAAGCGAACAGUUGGUGAGUCAUUGCGUCAACAACAAGUUAAAGCGCCGAUUCUGUUGAACAAGGGAGCAGUAACAAAUCAACGUGUUAACACAUAUUCAAGGCCAUCAGCUCCACAGCGCACUUACACACAACGUCGGCCAGCACAACAACCGGCAAAAACGGUUAGUCCGCGCGGUGGUGCGUAUGGUGUACAAGCUGUUAAAGUAAAAACAGAGAAAUCACCGGUCAGUUUGAUUCGAUCCGCUCCAUCAACAUCGGCAUACAUUCGCAAAAAUCUACCCGAACCCGUUCAAUUGGUGGCAAAGUAUGCAGCUUCCGGGUCGGUAAAAGGACCGUCUAGGUUUGAGUGCACCGACGAUGUCAAUACAGAUGCAUUCGAGAGCUCAUUCGAUAACAUUUCUUAUGAAAGCAAACCGUUGACCACAAGCAAAGAGGAUCAUGACGAUGCUACGUUCGAGAAGGUUAAGCGCACAGCUACCGCUGUGAAACGUGCUUAUUCGGCCAAUUCAUCGAUCGCUUCACCGCCGGAAAAGAAGCCGAACAUCGAAGAGAUCAAAGAGUUUACCGAAGCCCAUCGUUUGCGAAAGGAUAUUGUGGCUCAAGAAGCCGACGAAGAAAUGGACUAUUAUGCAGAGGACUUCCAAAAUGCUGACGAUGACGAUGAAGAGGAUCCAACCGGUGAGAACACCGGCAGUGUUGUGAUCAAAAGUGAAUCGGGUGGUACGGUGAAUCAUGCAAAAAUCAUCAGUGAAGUUUUGAAAAAGUAUCCGCACUUGGUGAAGAACAACAAAAACAUCAAGUUGAAAAUCUUACAAAAGGGCAAUAGUCCGGUGACUGUAUCGGCCAUAACAAAGGAUCCAUCGACAAUUGCGACGAGCAAGCAACAGGCAGCGGCUAAGCAAAGCAAAGCAAUAACCGUACAAUCGAAAUUGCCAUCAAAGUCUGAGGUGACAGUAAGCAAAGCGACAACACCAACUGCUAAACCGACUCCAACGCCGGCUGCUCAACCGAAAAAGAUCGACAGUCGCACGAUGCAUGCCCUGAUUGCAAAGGGUGCUGAAAAUAUGACCGGUCCAUGGCUUUGUUUGGACUGUGGCGUUGACGGUCGUCCAAUUUCGAUUCCAACAUACAAAAGUUUUCGUCGCCAUUUGAUCAACAUUCACAAGCAAAAGAUCGAUUCACGGAUCUGUGAGCACUGUGGUCAUCGUUCGGUCAAACGGAAUGAUUUACACUAUCACAUUUUGACAAAGCAUCAAAUUAAGCCGCCGGCCGAUUUGCAAUUUCCAAAAUGUGGCCUGUGCACGUUCAUUGCAUUGGAUCAGGCUGCAUUGCGUAAGCACAAAGAAGAGGAUCAUCAGGCACAUGGUCAACAGCAUUGCAUUUACUGCAAUAAAACGUUCCAAAAGGAGAUCCAAUUGUACGCACACAUGCGCAGCAAUCACAAAGAACGUGCCCAAGAGGAUGGUGUCAUGGAUUUUUCCGAUGAAGAAACAUAUGAAGAUGAUGCCGACAAAUAUGUUCCAAAUCAUCCAGAAGCCACUCAAGCACCGGCUAGCGAAUCGAAAAUCAAAGUUUUGUCGAAUAUCACAUUGCCGGCAAAGGGACAAUUUAUAAUCGAUUCCCAGGUUGGUGGUAAUGUUUUGGUGACCACAGCAACAGAAAAUAUUAGCCUAGAGCCAAGUUCAGAGGCAGAGGGUUUGAGCAAUGUUGCAUCUGGUAUUGCUACAAGUCUUGCCGUUUUGGAUACAAAUGCCCAUUUGGACACAACUGAAACGUAUGAAGAGGAUUUGCAAUCGCAGUAUAUCGAAGCCGCUAUGGCUGAUGUGCAUGGUGAGAUUUUGAAAAAGGAUGACGAUGGUACGGAAGUUGUUACGAAAUUUAUCACCGAAGAAGGUUCGGAAUUGGAAUUGACGGCCGCACAAAAGGCACAAUUGCUUGAGCAAUUGCAAGGUCAAGAGGGUCAAUUGUCCGAUAAUGUUGUCAUGGUUUUGGAUGCUGGCUAUGAACAAGCCGGCCCAGAAGGUGAUGUACACAACACAAGUGCGGAGAGCAUGGAUGUUGAUGGUCAAAGUCAAGAGAGUGUUGAGGAAACAAUCAAAAAUGAUGAUUCAACCGAAGAUGAAAUGGCUUCCAUGGAAAAUGUGAGUGCCGAUGAAGACUCACAACAAGAAGUGGUUCAAGAGCAAGACGCUUCGAAUGACACGGAAAAGACUGGCGAUGAGAAACCAGUGAAUAAACUGAUUUCAGCACUGGAAGGUGAAUGGUCGGAGGAAGAUGAAGAGGCUGAAGCUGAAGCUGAAGCCGAAGCCGAAGCUGAAGCCGAAGCUGAAGCCGAAGCUGAAGCCGAAGCUGAUGUUGAGGAGCCAACGACUAAAAAAACAAAAUCGAAUGAAACGAAACCCGAUGAUAAGUCAUCGACGGCAGUUAAAGGCAAACGCAAGCGUGAUGAAGUCGAUGCCAGUAAAAUGGAAAAAGGAAACAAUGACAGCGCCAAGACUAUACUCGACGAUUGGGAUUCACAAGAGAAAUUCGAUGAAGAUGAAAAAAGUGUGAGCGAAGAAAAACACGAAUCAUCAGACGCUGAGGCCAAAACUGAACCAACGAUCAAAACGGAUAGCGACACAAAGGGCAGUGAAAAAACGGAUAAAAAACAAUUGACACAGAAAAAUGAACUCAAAACACUCAUCACCUCCGACUGGGGCGAUGAAGAUGAAGAUGCCUUUUAAAUCAAAUACACAUCCCUUCAACAUAUAGACAUCUUUCUUCAGAAUCGACACAAGAAGAAUGUACGUUUUUUUUAGAUGUAAAUCCAUUUAGAUUUUAAGGUAUAUAUUUCCACGGGAAAAAAACAAUUUCUUUGUUCGAAUGAAAUUUCGAUAAUUCUGUAUCGAAAUAAUAUAUGGUCUGUGUGUAACGAAAGAGACAUUUUGUAACCAGACCGCUUUUUUUUCUCUCUAAAUUAUAAGUUGAAUGAAACAAAACAAUUUUUAAACACAUUUUUUGGGCAUGGCAAAAUAUCACUCGAUUUCUUCAUAUUUUGAUUUAUUUUUUACAAAAUCAUCCAAAUAAAUAAAUCUAACUGAAUGCAAUGCAUCACCUACUCUUAGCAAUAGCGAUUAUAUUUUAUAACAACAAGAACAACUCUAUUUUAUUUCCAAAGUCUCAAUAAAUAGAUCAACAUGGUAAAACUGA